AUGCCCCAGUAUACCAUAUAUAGCCAGUAUAUACCCAGCCAGUAUACCACACCCAGCCAGUAUACACCCAGUCAGUAUACACCCAGCCAACACCCAGCUAGUAUACACCCACCCAGCCACUAUACACCCAGCCAGUAUACACCCAGCCAGUAUACACCCAGCCAGUAUACA